CUUUUUGCUACGAGGUAUUUCUCCGAUCAGCUGAUCGGAAAUUUUCUCCGACAAAUUUCAACGCAUGUCAUUGCAUGCGAUGAAGUACUUCUAAUGGUUGUAUUUUUGACAGAUACAAAUCAUUAUUUUUCCGAAGCCCUCCGCCGAGUUUUUGUUGCGGAAUAAAUAAUUAAAAUGCAAAACGAAAAAACAAGCACGCAGCAACAUGAGCGGAUGGUGAAUCUAAUGAGCGAAUAUCCCGAUAUUGCUCAAAACUACACCAAAAAAUCAUCAGAAAUUGUGGCUUUGUUUUGGGAAGAUCUAGCCAAUCAGCUCAAUGCCAUUGGACCAAGACAAAGGGAUGCUGGCGGAUGGAAAAAAGUUUGGAGUGACUACAAGUGCUACAUUAAAAAAAAAGUUGUCGGCGAAUAAAAAAGAAACUACAGGCACUGGUGGAGGGCCAUACAGACAAAAGUCUUUCACAGCUUUGGAGGA